AUGCAAUCUCGGAAAAUAGCGGAAGUGUUGAACGUCUCGGACGGUGGGUUAGACAAGGAAAAGGACUUCACUUCAAGCCUCCACAAUGAUGAUAGACAACACGUACAGAUUGAUUCUGGCACCGCCCUCCAACAAUUUCUUGAUCACGUACCCAUUAGUUCGAUAGCUGGCAUAAAAAACUCACCUGUUUUGGAAUUGAAAGCUGGAGACAGUAUAAGGGAUGCAAUUCAUAUGUUGUACGAAAAGGACAUCUUUUCUGCGGCAAUUGUUGAUAUGGUAGACUCCCAUAUGAAUAGCAUAAAGUUUUCAGAUCGGUACAUGGGUCUCAUUGAUUUUACAAGCAUGGUUCUUUGGUGCCUUGAGGUUAGCGAGUUGGCUAAGUCAUUCCUCUGGGAACCAUUUUUCCCAGUAAACUUGGACGAUACGGUUUUUCAUGCACUGCUACUUCUCUCUAAGCACCAGGUGCACGUUUUGCCGGUCAUACAGCAACGUGAAGAUGGACUCAUCGGUUUUGUUACACAGACUGCAGUAGUCCAACACCUUCUUCAAUAUAGUGAACUAGAGUGGUUUGACAGCAUUGCAGAUAAGAACUUGUCAGAUUUGCGAUUUGAAGGCCUACAAAAUCCUAGUUGUGUAUUUGCGGACCAAACUGUUGCAGAUGCUUUAAAGUCGCUCUGGCAAAACCAAACUAGUGCAGUAGCGGUUGUAGAUCGAGAAACUAAGAAGCUCCUAGGCAAUGUGAGGAAAAGUGAUGUUUAUAUUCUUGUAAGGAAUAAUGACCUCCUUAGAAAUAGAACGAUUUUAACUGUGGGGGAAUUCAUUCAAAUAGAGACUGACAAAGCAAAAACUAAGCCAAAAAUUGAACAUGAUCAUGGAGCUUUUCUCACAGCCGGAAGUCUUCGGCUCAAAAACAGCUUCACACCCAGAAUGGACUUCCCCGUUGCCAGCAAGGAAAAUUCCACGCUCAAGCAAAUAAUGGAGCAUACCAUAGAGACUAACACCAAUUUUACCUUUCUGACCAAUGAUAAGGAGCAAGUUACAGGUUUGCUCACACUGAGAGAUAUAAUUCUGCAGUUUGCCCCCCCAUGUGUUAAUUCUACCAUUAAUGGAGGUGGCUUUUUUGAAUUUGCCUUGGAGCAAAGUGGAUGUCAAGUGAAAAAUGGAACUAUGAUUCGUAAUCAUUGA